AUGAAUUUACUCAAAUGGAUCACUAUUUCUUUUUCCCUUUUUUUUAUGCGUACAUAUACAAAGUGUUCAAAAGAGAGUGAUAGAAUCUUGAGGUUGCCAGGACAACCAAGUAGUAGUACUGUUAGCUUCCAACAAUUUUCAGGUUAUAUUACAGUUGAUGAUUACCAAAGCAGAGCUCUUUUCUACUAUUUUGUUGAAGCCUACACUGAUCCUUCUUCUAAGCCUCUUCUUCUUUGGCUCGAUGGAGGUCCAGGGUGUUCAUCAUUGGGUGUUGGAGCUUUUGUUGAGCAUGGCCCUUUCAGACCAAAAGGAGAUGUUUUGAUUCAGAAUCACUUCAGCUGGAACAAUGUGGCAAACAUUCUAUAUGUUGAAUCUCCAGCUGGAGUUGGCUUCUCAUUUUCUCAAAACGCCACAUUCUAUACCACAGUUAAUGAUACUAUUACAGCACAAGACAACUUGGUAUUCCUCGAACGAUGGUUCGAGAAGUUCCCCGAAUACAAAAAUCGAGAUUUCUUCAUUAGCGGUGAAAGCUAUGCAGGUCAUUAUGUUCCACAGCUUGCAACACUCAUUCUCCGAUCAAAACUCAACAUCUUUAACCUCAAGGCUAUAGCUAUAGGGAAUCCACUGUUGGAGUUCUAUACAGAUUUCAAUGCAAGAGGGGAAUAUUUAUGGACUCAUGGCUUGAUUUCAGACUCAACAUAUAAACUUUUGAACAAAGUUUGUAAUAUUUCUGAAAUCACAAGACAAUCCAUUCUCCACAAUGUUUCAACAUCUUGUUCUUUUGUUGAUAAUUUGGUAUCUAAAGAAUAUUCUGAGUUCAUCAACUUAUAUUCUGUCAACCUUGACGUUUGUACUUCCUCAACACUUUCACAAGCAGCUCCAAAUAAUUUUGGAAGGAAGAUAGAUGUGUGUAUAGCAGACGAAGUUAAUAGUUACCUAAACAGAGAGGACGUCCAAAAGGCUCUUCACGCUCACCUUCUUGGUGGACUUUCCAACUGGAGUUUCUGCAGCUUUGUUUUGAAAUAUGAUAAGAAGAACUUAUUGAUACCUACCAUUGACACCUUGGGUUCCCUUGUUCACUCAGGAAUUAGGGUUCUUGUGUACAGUGGAGAUGAAGAUGCAGUUAUUCCAUUGAUUGGGAGUAGAAGAUUGGUGAAUAAAUUAGCAAAAAGUUUAGGGUUGAACACAACCCUACCUUACUCACCUUGGUUUUACAACCAUCAGGUUGGAGGAUGGGUAGAAACAUAUGGGGAAAAGAAGAUUCUAUCAUUUGCAACAGUGAGAGGAGGAGCUCAUCAAGCUCCAUAUACAGCCCCUCAAAGAUCUUUGACACUUAUUACUGCUUUUCUUCAAGGAACCAACCCAUGAGUACAUAAUUAUAUCUUCAUUAUUCCCAAAAUAAUUACUUUCAAAUUAAACCAAAUACUCAACUAAUAGUAAAAUCAUGACUAUAUAU